CCCCGCCCACGCCGCCGCCCCCGACGGGCCGGGACCAUGGCGAAAGUGGAGCAGGUCCUGAGCCUUGAGCCGCAGCACGAGCUCAAGUUCCGAGGUCCCUUCACUGAUGUUGUCACCACCAACCUAAAGCUUGGCAACCCAACUGACCGAAAUGUGUGUUUUAAAGUGAAGACCACAGCACCUCGUAGGUACUGUGUGCGGCCCAACAGUGGGGUCAUUGAUGCUGGUGCCUCUAUCAACGUAUCUGUGAUGUUACAGCCUUUCGAUUAUGACCCCAAUGAGAAAAGUAAACACAAGUUUAUGGUUCAGUCUAUGUUUGCUCCACCUGACACUUCUGAUAUGGAGGCCGUAUGGAAGGAGGCAAAACCGGAAGACCUUAUGGACUCCAAACUUCGAUGUGUGUUCGAAUUGCCAGCAGAAAACGACAAACCACAUGAUAUCGAAAUAAAUAAAACGAUACCCACGAGUGCAUCCAAGACAGAAACGGCAGUAGUGACGGCCAAGUCCCUGACUUCGUCCCUGGAUGAUGCCGAGGUGAAGAGGGUGAUGGACGAGUACAAGCGGCUGCAGGAGGAGGUGCAGAGGCUGAGGGAGGAGAGCAGGCAGCUCAAGGAAGAAGAUGGGCUUCGGAUGAGGAAGGCACUGCAGAGCAACAGCCCCAUGGCCACACUGGCUGCCACCGGGAAGGAGGAAGGCCUCAGCACCCGGCUGCUGGCUCUGGUGGUUUUGUUCUUUAUUGUGGGUGUCAUUAUAGGGAAGAUUGCCUUGUAGAGGCCGCAUGCAGAGGAUGGCAAAUUGGAUUGAUGGAUCCACCACAUCAUGAGAUUUAAAUUUAUCAUAAUCAUGCGUAAAAAGAAAUUAAUGUAUGAUGACAUCUCACAGGUCUUGCCUUUAAAUACCCCUCCCCACGCACACACACACAAAUGCACACACAAAUAUAGCAUAAUAUAACAAUCUUUUAGGAAGUUAAAAAUGUAUAAUAAAUGGAUGGGGGAAGAAUGAUCUGCUAAUGACAAGAGACACCAUACUUAAUGCCGCAGUGGCAUAUUGUAGCUGUCACGUUAAUCAUGGGUAGACCUUGGCACGUGCUGCUGGAUCACCAUCUUAAAGCAAGACUCUCUUCCUCACCUGCUGGGGCUGGCCCGUGGGAGCAGGAGCCCAGUGCGGUGAGGCGGGCUGUCCACUCCACAUUCACCCCAUGCUGCCUGCUCCCACCUAGGCGGCUCCCCCAGGUCUGCAGUUCUGUGUAAGCCAUCGGUUCCUCAGGAUCACAGAGCUGCAGAAUCCAAAAAGCAUAGCACGGUGGCCACAUCUCAUGUGUCGUUGGUCGUGAUUAAGAGGCACGUGUGGACUGACCCAACCAACCCUCGGCAAUCAAAGUCUGUGCUUUGUUCUCUUAAAGGGACCAAGCUAAAUUACUGUUGGUUCAUGUAGUGAAACUGAGCUGUUACCAGAGACGUGCGCUGCGUAUUUAACUUAUUUAAUGUAUCUCAUCUCGUGUUCUCAUUGUCAAGAGUAGUCAGAGCUGCGGAGCUGGAAGUCACCUGUGCUGCAGAGCCCCAGUGGCGGGCUGGCACUACUGUGGACACUGGGGCUCUCUGCAGGCUCUGGGUACGGGGAGGGUCUGUCCAAGUGUUGGGGGAUAGUGUCCAGGAAGCAUUUUCUGUAUUGAUCAGUAGGAGCUGUCCUGGGGUGGGACAUUCUUUGCAGUGACAGUCGGCUCUGGGCUACCCAGCCUUCUAGAUUGCUCUUUCACUCUCAGCCAUCCUCAUCCUUCCAGCACACAGGCCAGGUCUGACCUGUUGUCCUCAGGACGAAUGAGUUGGGCUGCCCGAGUGAGGGGCACGGAGGUGGGUGGGGAGUGGGUGGGCUCCUUAGCAAAUCCAUCUGCUGGCAAGGAGAGUCUUGACUGUGAAUUAAUUUCAUGCCGUAAAAGACCAAUCCAAUUCUGUUCAACUAUGUAGCAUCUUAAAAAGAAGAAAUUAAAAUAAAGCCCCAAAAUUACAAGUU